CAGCGGCGUCGCGGUAUGUGGGGGGGAGGUAUUGCGUUUGUAAAAUAAACCAAAUUAUCUAAGUUUUAUCAAUACUAAAAUUCGAUACUGUGAUUUAAGGAGUUUGUUUGGUUAACGGGUGGUUGAGUUAUAGCCCCGCCGCUGCCCACGACGAAGUGGUCCACCCCUGACCUCGACUAAUUAUAUCGAUUGAAUAUGAAUAGUUGAAAAAUUACUAUUGCAAGCGAAUGCGCCUCAGAGACAGACCCGUUAAAAUGCGCCCCGGAGCGUGGCGUUAGUCGUAAAAGGAGCUCCAAACUGGGCAAACGUGUAAACUCGUGUUAUCGAACAGUGUAAAUAAUAAGUUCGUCUCUCUUACGACAACAACAAACAUGACCGAGAGUGAUUUGACCAACUCCGAGUCGCCACAGUCCGACCCACCACACCAACUGCUCGUUUCUGAAUCUCCGAAACCAAAAGCCAUGAACAACAGAUACGUACUAAUCAAAAUCUUCUACAAGGCGGCGUUAAUUUUCCUCGGCUACGCCAUCUCGUACAUGCAAUGGUCCUUCAUCCUGCUUUUCGUGGCUGCGGCCAGUUUGAUUUGGCUCGAAAACCGCGAUAAGAGCAACGUAAACAAGAUAAAAGUGAAAGCUGCGGCUUGUUCGUACACCAAACAAGAUUUAAUUCGGCGGAUCGACGAGAUUCCGUCGUGGGUCAAGUUCCCCGACCGGGAGCGCGCCGAGUGGUUGAACCAAGUGAUUGAACAAGUAUGGCCAACUGUGAACACCUACGUGGUCAAGCUUUUCCGGACGAGCAUACAGACGAAGAUCCGGAGGAAGUACGACUCCUUCCAGUUCGAAAGCAUCGACUUCGGGCACUCCCCGCCGAAGAUAGAUGGUAUCAAAGUCUACAAGGGUCCCGCCACCAAAGACUCCAUAAUCGUUGAUUUCGACGUUUUCUACGACGGUGACUGCGACAUUAAUUUCUCGAUUUCGGGUGCGGAAAUCGGCGGAAUCCGGGACUUCCAGUUGAGUGUGGAAGUACGGGUCGUACUGAAACCUCUCCUUCCCAAAGUACCCAUCGUCGGUGGAAUUCAAGUCUAUUUCCUCAACACCCCAGACAUAGGUUUUACUUUGGACGGUUUGUCGAGCAUUCCUGGUCUCAGCUCUGUUAUUCGUUCGAAAAUAGAGGAGAUGAUCUCCAAGAAGAUCGUUUUCCCGAAUAAGAUUACGAAGAGGUUCUCCAAGUCGGUCGCGCCAGCGGAGUUGAAGGCGUUAGAACCGGCUGGGGUUUUGAGGGUUCAUGUUUUCGAAGCGAAGGAUUUGAUGGCGAAGGACAUAACGGGGAAGUCGGAUCCCUACACGAUUUUGUAUGUGGGGGCUCAGGAGCGCAGGACUAACGUUAUCAACCAGAGUCUGAAUCCGAAGUGGGACUACUGGUGCGAGUUUGUGAUCAUCGACCCCAUGUCGCAGCAUUUGGGCUUCAAGAUGUACGACAAGGACCAAGUGAACGAAGACGAUUUUCUUGGAAGUGGCGAGAUUGACAUAAGUACUGUGAUUAAGGGCUACAGGGACCAAUGGAUCAAACUCGACAACGCCAAACACGGGUCCAUACACUUGCGCUUUACGUGGUUGUCGUUAUCCUCCGACAUCGGCGAUCUAGAUGCUAUACGUGAAGAAACGCAGUUCCUGAAGGUGAAUACAAUAAGCAGAGCCGUUCUGGUCGUGUAUGUAGAUAUGGCCACGAACCUCCCCGAAGCCAAGCACCUAGUUAAACCCCAUCCCUACUUCGUGAUGGCCGUAGGAGAACACAAACACAAAAGUAAAGUGAAGAAACACACGACGGACCCUGCGUGGGAACAAGGGUUUGUGUUAUUGGUGCCUAAACCCAAAGAAGAUUCUCUUCAGAUGACCAUCACGGAUAAGACGACCGGCAAUGUUCUGACUCAAAUGUCGUAUAAAAUAUCAAAGUUGCUGGACGAACCGAAUUUGGAAGUCAGCAAGACUGAGUUGGCGACGGAUAACGAGAAGAGCAAAGUGGUGAUAUCGAUGCAGUUGCGGAUUCUCACCAAUAAACUCUUUGAAGUGGAAGAAGAUGAAGAGAGUGACAGCGACUCUGAAGAAUUCUUGUCAAGACAAAGCUCUCUGGAUGGCAGCAGCAUUCGAUCGCGUUCGCGGAACUCUUCUCGAAAUUCACCCAGAAGAGACCUGGUGGAUGAAAUUAUUACCCCUUUGAGCGUUGCUGCCGCUACUGCCAAACCACCCGUUUUUCCGACUAUAAACGCCAAUUCAGCAGGUGAACACCGCCUCGGUCGCCUUGAACUAAGCUUUAAUUACAAUGAACCCCGACAAAAACUUAUAAUAACAGUGCACCAGUUAUCCAACUUGCCUUUGAAGGACCCAACCGACAUCCCCGAUCCCUACGUGCGUCUAAAAAUGACAUCCCAAGGUCACACCACGGGCCCCACCUAUAGGACGAGGGUGAUCAUGGAUUCGUGUAAUCCGGUGUAUGAAGAAACUUUUGAAUAUUUGUUUUCGAAGUCGGAUGCUUACGAGCAGACGCUUUUGGCUACUGUGAAGACGAAGAAGUUUCUUUACAACAAUACAAUGGGACAGGUGGAGGUCAAUUUGAAGUAUGUGAAUUUGAGUGAGCCGUAUAAGGCGUGGUUCGAUUUGUGCCCCAAGACUAGUUAAGCUGUUGGUUUUUAUAUGUUAAAUUUAUUUUUUUAUUUUAAUAAAGGAAUUUAUUACUGGUUGUAUAA